AUGGCGUCCAAUGCCGCGGAGCCAAAUGCGGACGACGGAAAGGAGGUACAGCUUCGCCAAGACUUCAAGCGCCAAGAUCCAGAGCCACUGGAGCUUUACAAGGACGAUGAGGUAAUAAGCCAUCCCCACUAUUUCUCAUGUUUCGAAGCCUCUAGAUGGUCUCGCAGCCUGACGUCUUGCAUAUGUCUGCUCUCAAGACACAUGCUAACUUUGUGCAGGGCACGAUCAUCAAGCACAACGAGGACGGAUUGCAGAUGCUCAUUUCCAUGCCCACUCGGACCGACAAGUCAGUCUGGGUGCCAAAAGACACCGCCUUCUUCAGAGUACUCCAUCCACAUGACGACUUCCCGCUCCGCGUCACCCACGACUUCACCGACCCGAACAACGCCAACAUCUUCUUUCGCAAAGGCGAUCUGGGGAAGAUCUUUGCGCACAGUCCCGACGGCAAGAUCGUGCGCGUCACCAUACCGCGAUACGACCACCCUGUCCACAUUCCCAAGUCAUACCUCGAGAUCGGUACGGAGCGUAUUCGACCAGGUGACCGGACCAUGCAGUUUGCGACUGCGCCCAAUGCGCUACAUGGCCCACCGACCCCGGACGUUCAAGAUGACCAGCCAUGA